AUGGAUGAAUAUCCAGAUCCUGACGAGGAAUAUGAGCUCAUGUAUUCUGAUGAUUUGGAGUUAUUACGUGAAAUGGACGAGCACACAGGUUCCAAUGAAAACAAAAUUAAAAAGAAAUCCUUCCAGUCCAAAAGAAGUCUUGAUUUUACAAGUCCUCCUUCUACAAACAAAUCUACUACCAGUGAAAUUAGUCACUCUAAAGACAAUUCAGUACAUAAUGGAGAUACUACAAUAAGCUUAACACCAAGUCUACAACAAUUAGAUGAUGUCCUUACGCCUAAUGUUUCUAAUAAGAGAACGGCUGAAGAUUUGUUUGGUGAUAUUAAUGAUAUAGAUUUUGACAAUAUAGAACUGCCUAGUAAAAGACAAAAAACUGAAGAAGAAAGUGACAUGGAUUUAAUUAAUAAAAUUAUUGAAGGGAGAAAAAUAAGGCAAAUGUUGGCGGAACCUUCAGGCAGGGGAUUUAAAGAGACGAAACCCAAUUAUAAUAUAAAAGAAAAUGUCACAAUGAAUGUUCCAAUGUGGCCUUUUAUUCCUAUUACAAAUUGGGAUGGGGAAAGAGUUUAUGUGAGACUAUUAACAGAAGAUGCUUGGGAAGAGGUCCUAGAUACUACAACAGAAAAAUUAACUUUACGAACUACAUUUGCUUCAGUCUGGGAGGAAGCUAGGAAAAUUUUAGAAAAAAAACAGCAACAAAAAGAAUCAACUGAAUCUAUUCAAGAAGUAACAACUAAUGUUAUGAGUGAAUUGUGGGUGGAGAAGUACAGACCGAAAUCUUAUGUGGACUUAUUAUCAGAAGAACCAGUGAAUAGGGCCUUGUUACAUUGGCUUCAUUUAUGGGACAAGAUAGUAUUCAAGAAAGAGGUCAAAACAACGGAGCCACAGCAACGCAAUACAUUCAGUAAGCGCACCGGCCAGUUCCAAUUGAGUAAUAAAUGGAAGGGUAAAAAGGAGAAUGAGCCAGAAGUCGAUGAAGAUGGUCGCCCACAUCAUAAAGUUGCCUUGUUAUGUGGACCUCCUGGUGUUGGCAAGACCACUUUGGCACAUUUGUUGGCGAGAUUGGCAGGCUACAGACCAGUGGAAAUAAAUGCAUCUGAUGAGCGCAGUACCGAAGCAUUCCAAAAUGCAUUACAAAGUGCCACACUGAUGAGAUCAGUGCUGGAUUCUGAAAAACGACCUAACUGUCUUAUAUUAGAUGAAAUAGACGGCGCUCCAAUACAAACAGUGGAGUUAUUAGUCAAAUGGUGUACCGCUACAGCUCAUAAGAAGGAGGAAGGCAAAAAGGGGAAGGGCAAGUCGCAGCCCUUAAGACGGCCAGUAAUCGCUAUAUGUAAUGAUUUGUAUGCAACAUCCUUAAGACCACUAAGGCCAGUAUCGCUGACGGUGUCGGUGGGGUGCGUGAGCGCGAGCCGGCUGCUGGCGCGGCUGCGCGCGGUGGCGCGCGGGGAGCGCGUGCGCGCGGCGCCGCGCGCGCUGGCGCUGCUGGCCGCGCGCGCCGCCGGCGACGUGCGCGCCGCGCUGCACGCGCUCAGCUUCGUCAAGGCGAUGGGCACGCAGAUAACAGUGGAGGAAAUAGAGAAAAUAUCAAUAGGAACAAAAGACCAUACAAAGAGCGUGAUGCAGGCAUUACAAGCGAUCUUCACUAUAAAUGAUACUGACCCAAAUGCGAUUAUGAAGACGGUGCAAGCUGCCGGGGAAUAUGAUAGAUUAGUAGAUGGAAUAUUCGAGAACUAUCUCUCAGCACGAGUGGAUGCGAGAUUAUUAAUAGCUUGCGAGACAACGUCUUGGCUAAGGUUCUACGACACGGUCCACAGUUGGAUACUGCGUAAUCAAAACUACUCACUUUAUUCCCUACUGCCUUUGUGCAUAGUGAGAUGUCACACUGUGCUGGCUUCUAGACAAGGACUAAAAGUUAGAUUUCCCAUGCAGGCUCAAGAGAUGUCCCGUAAGAAAGCGGAGUUGGAUAGUAUCCUGUGGUCGGUGUGCCGCGGCGCGGCGGUGGGGCGCGGCGCGGGCGCGGGCGCGCUGCGCCUCGACGUGCUGCCGCUGCUGCCGUACUUGCUGGCGCCCCGGCUCCGGUCCGCCAACGUGCAGGUGCUGCUUUUUUUUAAUUUUGUUUGUACUUGUGCAAAGAUGCCGCUGUGCAGCGACAGUGAGAAGCGUGCGCUGCGCGCGUGCGCCGGCGCCAUGUGCGACUACGGGCUGGCGUACUCGCAGCAGCGCGGCGCGGACGGCCUCUACGCAUACGUGCUCGAGCCGGACAUAUAUAAGAUUGCUUUCUUUGGCUCAGAAGAACGUAUCAAGCCCCCGCCCGCCAUACGACAAGCGAUCGCUCGAGAACAGCAAUUAGAAAUUAUUAGAAGAAAUGAGAGUAUGAUGAAUAGAACAACAAAUAAUAAUCAAGAGAACAAAGUGAAAGCAGACAUACAGGCAAAACACAUGAAGAACAGCGAAGAGCGGCUUCCGAACCACUUGCAGCGGUUACAGCCCAAAACUCCCAUAAGGACUACUCCACAAGUACAAAAGGAUUUCUUCGGACGAAUUGUUCCUGUCGCUCAAACACAUAAAAAUGAUGCAGUGUCCGACGCCAUAUCCUCAAGCAGUGUUUUCUACCAGUACCGGGAAGGGUUUAAUAACGCAGUACGGCGUAACGUGCGAUUACGCGAUCUCUUA